CGCCGCUGCUCCUCACCUCGCGGGCGGGGCCGAAGCCGCCAGUCCCCGCACACGCAGCCCGCGCCGGUGGAUGGGAGCGGCCUCGCAGGCGGCGGCAGCAGCACCACCAACAGCAGCAGGAGCGGCUCCUCGGAUGGAAUGACUCUUCAUUGUUGAAUGCAUCCUGCCUCUUUGCUAGUGUUUACCUGUGACAACGCCUUGUCUUUUGGGUUGAAGCCACUUUGUGGCAGACUGAAUUGUGUAUCACAGAAUUUCAAAGGUGCUUGACGCAGAGGAGACAGCUGGAUCACGUUAACCUGACAUCACAGCCACAAUGGUGCUGUCACAGAGGCAACGAGAUGAGCUAAAUCGAGCAAUAGCAGAUUAUCUUCGUUCUAAUGGCUAUGAAGAGGCAUACUCUGUUUUUAAAAAGGAAGCAGAGCUCGAUGUGAAUGAAGAAUUAGAUAAGAAAUAUGCUGGGCUCUUGGAAAAAAAAUGGACAUCAGUUAUAAGAUUACAAAAGAAAGUUAUGGAAUUAGAAUCCAAAUUAAAUGAAGCUAAAGAAGAAUUUACAUCAGGUGGGCCUCUUGGUCAGAAGCGAGAUCCUAAAGAAUGGAUUCCCCGUCCUCCAGAAAAAUACGCAUUAAGUGGGCACAGGAGUCCAGUCACAAGAGUAAUUUUCCAUCCAGUUUUCAGUGUUAUGGUCUCAGCUUCAGAGGAUGCCACAAUAAAGGUAUGGGAUUAUGAGACAGGUGAUUUUGAACGCACCCUGAAGGGCCACACAGAUUCUGUGCAGGAUAUUUCCUUCGACCAUAGUGGCAAGCUAUUGGCCUCUUGUUCUGCAGAUAUGACCAUUAAAUUAUGGGAUUUCCAGGGCUUUGAGUGCAUCAGAACCAUGCAUGGUCAUGAUCAUAAUGUUUCUUCAGUAGCCAUCAUGCCCAAUGGGGAUUAUAUAGUAUCUGCUUCAAGGGAUAAAACCAUCAAAAUGUGGGAAAUUCAAACAGGCUACUGUGUGAAGACUUUCACGGGGCAUCGAGAAUGGGUCCGCAUGGUACGGCCUAACCAGGAUGGCACGCUGAUUGCCAGCUGCUCUAAUGACCAGACUGUGCGUGUCUGGGUGGUAGCAACAAAGGAGUGCAAAGCUGAACUUAGAGAACAUGAGCAUGUAGUAGAGUGUAUUUCCUGGGCUCCUGAGAGCUCCUACUCCACCAUAUUGGAAGCUACAGGAUCUGAGAGUAAGAAGAGUGGUAAGCCUGGGCCUUUCCUGCUUUCCGGAUCCAGAGACAAGACCAUCAAGAUGUGGGACGUUAGUACUGGCAUGUGCCUUAUGACACUUGUGGGCCAUGAUAACUGGGUACGUGGUGUCCUGUUCCACUCUGGUGGUAAAUUUAUUUUGAGCUGUGCCGAUGACAAGACCUUACGUGUCUGGGACUACAAGAACAAAAGAUGCAUGAAGACUCUUAAUGCGCAUGAACAUUUUGUUACCUCGUUGGAUUUCCACAAGACAGCACCCUACGUGGUCACCGGCAGCGUAGAUCAAACAGUAAAAGUGUGGGAGUGCCGUUGAUUGAAUUUACAUCUGACCCCCCUCCCUUCCCUCUCCCUCUGGAUGCACUCGGAUACCAUGGUUACCCAUUGAGCUCUGUUUAAAAUAAAUAUUGUCCUUUCAUGUAAAUUAUUCUGGAUGUAGAUUGAGCUUAUUAAAUGUUACACACAAAGUAUUCAUGCAUGGUGAAUCCAAAUUGUAUACUGUAAAUUUACAUACGUUGUCUAGAAGUACCAUAGGUUAAAGAAUUUGGGCUGGCAUUGGUCACAUCAGACCUAAGAAGGCAGAAGCUGGUUGGUUGAAUUAGGGGCACUUAAACUGGUGACAGCAAAAUCUUUCUGUGCUGGGUAAGCGGAAUCCCUGACUCUGCUGUUGGUGGUGCCUGUUACCAAGUGACUCAUACGGGGUUCUUUUGCGGGGGGGAGGGUUCUGUCAGAAACACGUUUCUCUGUAACAUCACUUCAGUAUGCUUAAGAAAUCUAAGGAUACUAGAUUUAAAAAAAGCUGCAACUUAGAAUCUUAAAUGUAAUUAAUGGAAACAAAUAAAGUCUCUGGUUUUUUUUUUCCUGUCAUGGUAUUUGCCAAAUCAAUAGGAUAUAUUUUUAUUUUGGUUUCCUAUCAAGUUUUUAAAAAAGGAGAAAAAAGUUAGUACGUUGAUACUAACGAGCUGCAAUAUAGGAAGAGAACCUUGGUAUGAUGUGUGUAUUUUUUUUUCUCCAUUUGGUUGUCAGACUUCCUUGCAUUCUCACAUUUGAUGCUUCGCGCAAAACCUGUUGUAGGAGGCUGCCAGUCUUGCUCUUUCUUAGCUACCACUUGGAGCAGUUAGAUGUAAAUCUCCCAGUUGACUCCUGAGGAUUCAGCCAUGCUGUCUUUCUGUUGGCUUGGAUUAGGGUUUCAGCUUUGUGCAUGAAAAGCCAUCAUCUCUCCACCCCACCCCACCCCAAAAAACCUGCUAGAUGUUCAUUAAGUGGGACAAUUCUGCACCCCCCUCCUUUUCCAGUUAGUAACUUCUCAAAGCAGGUGAUCACAGAUUUCUGAACAUUUUGUGGAGAAUUUAGCAAGCUAACAAAAAAGAAAUCUCAUUACAGCAAAUGAAGAAGGGCUAUGUGCUGAUAGCUUGCAAGCUUCUAGAUAAUGUCACAACCACAUUUUGUUCCUUAAACACCCACAACCUACUCUUUUUGGGGAAAGGCAAGCUGCAGUAUCCUAUUUCAGUGCGGAAAAUUUGAAGAAAAGUCCUGAUUGUCCCCGGUGCCGAUCUUCUGAAGUAACAGAUGUACUGAUCCCAUUUAUCAGCAUUAUGGGUCAACUCCUGUUUUACACCAUAAAGUCCAAUCUUAACUAAUCAGGCAUAUCUUUUUUUUUUUUCAAAUCCACUUCAUAUUAAUGUAAGAAACUGCCCAUCAGAUGUAUUUUAACAGGCAAGGGUAUUUGCUUUUAUUUGUUCUAUGGCUUUUAACAAACAAAAAGCAAAAAAUGUGUCCCUUAAAAAAAAAGUAACGGAAACGCACGGUUGGAGGAUUGAAAUGCAUGUCAAGAGAAAGAAUGCUUGAUCUCACACAUUGGUUCACCCCACUGGUUUUUUUUUAUGCUGGGGGCAUCUGGGUUUCUUACCCAGGAACUAGAAGACCAAAGGCAGUUAGAGGGUAGAGGCUAGGCCGGGAUGUCCUCUGACUCUGGAGAGUCCAGUGGCAUUUUAUGGUCAGUAAAAACUUUCUGCUGGUGGACCUUGGAUAUUGGAGGUCUUCUACUUUAAAGUGAUGGCUCUUUUUGUUUUUUGAGCAUGUAACAGGACCUAACAGCUGAAAAGUAGUUCUUGGCCAGAUGUAGUGACUCUAAUGAUUUUUUUUUAAGUUAAAGUAAUUAUAUUUGCAUAAUCAAUGAAACAAGGGUACCUUACUAAUGGAGCUUACCACUGUUGUGUUUUUCUUCUACGGAAACAGCAAGCAGCAGUUGAGGCAAAAUAUUCUUUCUCCAAUUAGUCUGGGGAAAAAGAACUUGCUUCAAAGAAAUUGGAACUUGCAAAAUUGCCACUUAAUUGAUAGUCCAUCUCCAGUAAGCAGUGAAUUCUCAGGGAUGGUUGUGGGUUUAACUAGCAGUUAAAGCCACGUUUUAAACACAAAACUAAAUGGGAAAGAAAUUCACUGUUGAAGCAUUUGGCCAUUCAAAAACAGGCAAAGUGGCUGAAAAGCACCAGCUUUGUGUACAGACAGAUCUCUGUGUCUGUUCAGUUGCAAGCAGUUUUUCUCGGACCAUUCCAGAACUGCAUGAGCUGAGACCGUGCCUGGGAGAAGUCCUAGGUCCGUUUCUUCUCCCCUUUUUGGUUCUUUUGCUGAAAAAAGUGCAAACUUUUUUUUUUUUUUUAGUUUUUUUGGUGGUUGGAACACAAUCCAAAAACUUAAAUCUUGGAGCAACCUGCACUUUACAAUUUUUUGUUUUAAAAGCCGUCCUACUUUCGUGUGUGGUGUGACCAAUGAUGUGCCCAGAGCACUAAUAAUGAAAAAUUAAAAAAACAACAACACAAAAUACUAGUUGCUAGCAAGUUGUCAAGAGCUGUGGAGCACUGUAGUAUUUUGAAAGCUUUGGCGAUUGCUCCCCUGCCCCUGCCCCCCCACCCACCCCAAAUCCUUUCCCAGGUCUUUUCUGUCAGCCUUUCCUUCUGUUUGCCUCUUACCUUUAUGUCAGUUGAACAGUUGGUCAAAUCAUUCUUAAACGGCCUUUUCUCUUUCCCCUCUUCACCAUCACUCCACAGCCUGAUCCACGAAAGCUAUUUGAAUUGAUAAUAUUUUGCGUUGGGUUUCACACAUAGUUGUGGUUUGAAAAUCCUGAAAUAAGGUUUGGAAUGUGAAAUAGACCGAAUUUGAAAAGGAAAAAAAAUCCUCUAUGAUUUCACAGUUACGUUUUUUUUUUAAAGAUGCCCAGGGUACUAGCUACUGCAAAUCUCUGUUAAUGAUGGUGUAUAAAGUUAGAAAAAGUGGUUGGGGAGAAAAUGGGGUAAGGGUGAUAAAAAUGUUGAGCUGGAUUUAGCAAGUCACAACUGGAUGUUAAGUGAGCUCCCCAUCCUUUUUUCUCUGUCCCUGUAACUGCUUUCUUGUCCUAAGCACAUCCUUAGAAUUUUCCAAAGUUCUUUCUGGAGGUAAUUAGCAAAAUUGUCCAUGUUUUAGAAGUUUGAUCCUGACACUGACAAGAAGACAAAGAGUUUUUUUUUAAAAUCCAGUAAGAGCGAUGUAGAAAUGGCUAUUGGAGAACUUUGUUCCUCAACCCCCAGAAUGUAGGAGUUAACUGAAGAUAUUGACACAAUUAAAAUUUAAAAAAAUCAGUAAAGGAAUGUAUAUAAUACUGCUCUGUGUUUUACAGUAAGAUUUGUUGCUCUCAGACUGUGUAAAACAAAAUUUAUUCAUGUUUUCUGCAUAUUAAAACAAAAAUCUUAUUGUACCAAUUGGUAAACUAUUAAAUGAAUAUAAAACUAAA